AUGUGGUCCUCACUCCUCGAGGUGACACUAUUGUCCAACCUUUCAGUGCUUCAUGUAUAUUAUAUAUGCACCAAAGAGAAGCUCAAGCUCAUUCACUGGUCUCAAGCUAUGACACCAUUAUUGCACCUCUUCACCGUUGUGGCGAUCUCUCUUGCAAUAUUGCUCCUCAAUCAAAGAAAAAGAAGAAGAUUACCACCAAGCCCUCCAACAAUCCCAAUACUUGGUAACCUACUAUGGCUCACAAAGCCCUUCUCCCACUUUGAACCCACUCUUCACCAUCUACGUGCUAAGUAUGGCCCUAUCUUCACCCUCUAUGUUGGUCCUCGUCCAGUCAUCUUCAUCAUGGACGGGGACCUCGCACGCCGAUCUCUUAUACAGAGUGGUGAGGUCUUCGCAGACCGGCCUCCGCCACUGUCUACCAGUGCUCUUAACCCCAACCUUCACUCCAUUAACAACACAUGCCAUGGCCAUAUAUGGCGUCUCCUCCGCCGGAAUCUCGUCUCGAAGGUCAUCCACCCAUGCAAAUCCACCAAGUCAAGCGCCCACGUCCAACGCAUGGCCCUUGAUAUACUCCUCAAGCGUCUCAAGAACGAGGCUGUGGCCAACGGUGGCAUCGUUGUCCCCGUUCACAGCAUCCAACACUGCGUUUCCUUCUUGAUGACCUCCUUGUGCUUCGGUGUGACUCUUGAAGAGAAGGUGGUGGACAGAAUCAAGAACAUGCAGCUGGAGUUGUUAGGGGUUUUGGAGAAUCUUUAUGUUUUCGGUUUGUUGCCCAAGGCGGCAUUGCUGCUCUACUGGAGAAGGUUGGGAAAGUUGAAACAACUCCGGCAAGCUCAUGAGGAGCUUCUCAUUCCCAUAAUCAGAGCAUGUAAACAGAGAGAGAAGAAUACUCAUGACAUGAUCUCGUACGUGGACUCCCUUCUCAACCUCAAACUCCCGGCAGGCAGUGCAGGGAAUAUGAGAGAGCUAUGUGAAGAGGAUAUUGUGAACUUCAUCUCUGAAUUUCUAGAUGCUAGCAUCUGGCCAGCUGCUGCAGCUUUGGAAUGGAUAAUGGCAAACUUUGUUAAACACCAAGAUAUACAAGAGAAGCUAAGGAAAGAGAUCAGGUCAGUUGUGGGAGACAAAAAGAGACGAAUUGAGGAGGAUGAGACACAAAGGAUGCCAUAUCUAAAAGCAGUCAUCUUUGAAGCUUUGCGGCGUCACUCGCCGGCGCACUUCUUGAUUCCCCAUAGCGUGAAAGAGGACGUGAUCGUGGAUGAGUACUUGAUACCCAAGGGCACCGUGGUGAACUAUUCGGUGACAAGCAUUGGAUUGGAUGGGAGAGUGUGGGAGGAUCCAUUGGAGUUCAGGCCAGAGAGGUUCAUGGCAGGAGGGGAAGGAGAAGGAGUGGACGUGAACUGUGGGAAGAGAGAUAUCAAGAUGAUGCCUUUUGGAGCCGGAAGGAGGAUCUGCCCUGGCUCGGACAUGGCGGUGCUUCUACUUCAGUACUUGGUGGCCAACUUGGUUAAUGAGAUUGAGUUGAAGGCAGUGGAGGGGAUGGAGGUGGAUCUUUCUUCCAAUGCAGAGCUCUUUGCUACCAUGGAAAGCCCACUCCAUGCACGCAUUGUUAAUAUUGCAUGAUG